UGACGCGGGCACAGCGCUUCCUGUAUCUUGUUGAGGUGUUUGAUGGUCGGGCUCUGGGUGGUGGCCGCAUUCUGACGCUUCUCCUCUCACACGUUCGUCCAGGGACAGCCGGCGUCAGCGGACCGGGGCACACCUCAGCGGGGGGACCCUCCUAGCCUGUCCAGGGCUCCUCUGCACCGCCUCGGGGCUAUAUUUUUUAUUUUGUCCUCGUUUAUUUCCCGGACGGCGAGCAGCCAUGCAGGCCAUCAAGUGUGUGGUGGUCGGAGACGGAGCGGUUGGUAAGACUUGUUUGCUGAUCAGUUACACCACCAAUGCAUUCCCUGGAGAAUACAUCCCAACUGUAUUUGACAACUAUUCUGCCAAUGUUAUGGUUGAUGGAAAACCAGUUAACUUGGGCUUGUGGGAUACAGCUGGACAAGAAGAUUACGAUAGACUGCGUCCAUUGUCUUAUCCUCAGACGGCUUUUAGCCCGAGCCCCCAAGCUGCCAAUGUUUUGGACGUGUUCCUAAUUUGCUUUUCACUUGUGAGCCCAGCUUCAUUUGAGAAUGUCCGUGCCAAGUGGUACCCAGAAGUCCGACACCACUGCCCCAACACUCCUAUCAUCCUUGUGGGUACAAAACUUGAUUUGAGAGAUGAUAAAGACACUAUUGAGAAACUGAAAGAGAAGAAGCUUACACCCAUAACGUAUCCUCAGGGACUUGCCAUGGCAAAAGAGAUUGGUGCCGUGAAAUACUUAGAAUGCUCAGCACUUACGCAAAGAGGACUGAAGACUGUGUUCGAUGAAGCAAUAAGAGCUGUUCUCUGCCCACCACCAGUGAAGAGGAAGAAGAGGAAGUGUCUGCUUUUGUAAUCCUUGCACUCCUUCUCCCCAGUCCCAGACUCGAAAAUGCCAACCCCCAGUCCUAUUUGUAAGAAUUCAUUAUCUGCCUAUAAAAUCUUAAAUAUAAAAUCCAUUAAGUGACACAUCUUUUUCAGACUCUACUAAAACCCUUUCCUGAAUGAUAGAUCAGUCUAUUUAGCCUUAUUUUUCUGAAAACGGUUUCUCCUUUUUGCUUGAACUAAUUAAAUGUUGCCAAAACACCCACUCAGCUCAGUUUCUAUAUUUUCUGCUACAAACAUGAGCCAUUGAAUCUAUUAGAGACAUGACUUUUUACUCAGAUCUGAUUUUCUGGAUGGAGGAAACAAAAACUGACAGUAGGCAGGAGCCUUACUGCAUAUAUUAAACACUUUAUUAAUCUUAAUUCACUGUAUUGCAUUGUAAAUCAAAAUUGUUAUUUAGGAAUGUUAGAUCAAUUGUGUAUCUUUUUACUGCUUGAGCUAAAAAAUAAAGUUUUGGUUAAAGGGUACUAAUCUGCUCUUUUGGAUGAAAACUAUUUAGGCAAAAAUGUAAAAUAGGUUUCAGGAUUUUACUAGCAAACAUAAGCAACAGUAUUUAAAAGUGACACUACUGCUUUUUUGAGACUUUUUUAUUUUAAAUUUUUGUUAACUUUUUAUUUUUUCUAAGGAGGAUUUUUUUAGUGUUUCACAGCCCUUGGCUUUACUGUUGGAGACUUGAGGUCUGUGUGAAGCCUAAACCUAGUGUUCAGAGACCAGCUCGGGGGGGGGUAUGGUUUCAGAAAAGAUCUCUCAGCCUGAUUAAGGGCUUGGACAUGAUACAGCACUCCUAUACCCACAAAGUAAUUGUGGGCUAAAGGCUGUAUUGCUCAGCAAUGUCCUCCAUUAGGUAAUUGGAAAGUGUUGGUCUUUGAGAUCCUCUUCUACCCCACUCAAGAGCAUAAGGCCUGGUCCUGUUUUAAUUUGCUUCUAUGUUUAACCACCCCUGGGCAGUAGGUUUGGGGGGGGGGGGGGGGAAGAAAUGAUUGAAGCAUUCGAUGCUGGCUGCAGGAGUCCAUUAAUCACUGACCUUAGUUGGAUGUAUCUUCCUUUGUGGCCUCUACUUCUCGGCUCAGUGUCCACAAAUGUAUACAAACUUUAUAGGACCAUUAACUGACAGGUGCCUUGAAGGCGACACAGAGGGGUAGUGAAAUGCUCUUGACUACCAGCCCUAAGAUGUGUUAUAAAUGCAGUAGAAACGGUUGCUGUUGAGUAUUUUCAGGUAAUCCCCAUGCCCUCUUUUCACAUAGGCAGUUUGGUUCCCUUCUGGGACAGCCAAAGGCUUGGGUAACAUAUGUCAUUGGUUGAUGUAUAGAAUUGUUCUGAUUUCUGUAUUCCUGGCAAUGUGGUAGUGCUAUUUUAUGAUCAACCACUGUAUAUGUGCCUGUCUAAAGAGGCAAAGGGUUGGGGAUAGUGCCCUUGUAGGUUACAACCAUCAUUCCCACAGAUUCUGAUAUGCACAGGCUUUCUAUGUUGGCUUGCUCGUAGAAUAUCUUGUAUUUUAAUAUCUUUCUAAAUAUUGUAACUUGGAAAUUUUUGUAGUUUAUAGGAAGUUAUUCCUAAUACUUUUUUUCUUAUGUUAUUUUGCUUAUAAAGGUGUGCGUUUCAUAACCUUUCCUGUAACACUAGGUGUACAAAUCAUGUGAACCUGCUAUACACAGUAACCUUUUUUUUUUUCCCUAUUUUUAUUAUUUUUUUCCUAGUCUAAAAUUGUACUUUACUUAAGAUUACUAGCGAAUUCAUACUGUCAUCUUGACACUAGCGCCCCAGUUUUUCUUCUAUUGGUUCUGUCCCAUAGGGUCUGUGAGGUCUUAAUUAUAGAGCGAGUAUUAAUGAUGCACACCCCUAACUAAACACUAUGAGACAUGGCUCAACCUUUCUACAACGAACAAAUUCAAAGCGCAUUUGAGAAUGUUGCAAAAAAAAUAAAAAAUUGUGAACAGUGUUUUUACAUCUUUUGCUAAUGCAGUUUAGUGUUUUACAUGCAUGUUUGAAUUAAUAAAUCCUUAAACUACAAAAAA